AUGGCUUACUCUCUGAAUACCUCCUAUAUUGGGGAGGAACUGUUGUCUGGGUUCAACUGGCAAAAUGGCGUGGAUCUUUCCAAUGGAUUUGUUCAGUACCAAAGCCAGGAAGAUGCCCUUGAUCUUAGUCUCUAUUCGGUCGAACCUUUCUCGCAAGUUGUCCGCCUAGGGGUUGACAAUACCGAAACGUACGGACUUGAUGAGGGAAGACCGAGUAUUCGACUCGAGAGCAAGCAGGCCUUUCAUCAUGGUCUCUUCAUCGCCGACUUUCUACACAUGCCACCUUCAGAAUGUGGUACCUGGCCAGCCUACUGGGCUUAUGGCCCCAACUGGCCUUCGGGCGGCGAGAUCGACAUCAUUGAAGGCGCCAACCUUGCUUACACCAACACAAUGUCCGGCCAUACUGCCGAGAACUGUCAACUAGACCCUGCAGACUCGGACCUCUUUUCAGGCGAACGACGAAAUCUGGACUGCUUUGUCGGUACGGACAACAUUGGAUGUGGCUUCAACCCACCCUCGAGUGAUACUUCGUCCUAUGGAGAUGGCUUCAAUGCUGCCAACGGAGGAGUCUACGCUAUGGAGUGGGACUCUGACUACAUCAAAAUCUGGCAUUUCCCACGUGGUGCCAUCCCUGCCGAUAUCGAAGCCAAGACACCUGAUCCCAAGAAAUGGGGACUUCCACAAGCUCUCUUUGGAGGGAACAAGUGCAAUGUUGAUGAUUUUUACGAAGAUAUGAACAUUGUUCUCAACAUUAACUUCUGUGGUGACUAUGGCGAGGGAACAUGGCAGAGCUUUGAGACGUGUAAAGCCCUGGCACCUACAUGCAGAGAAUAUGUCGCCAACAACCCCGAGGCUUUUGAGAAUACGUACUGGGAUGUUGCCUACAUCGAUGUGUACUCACGCGAUGAGACCAUCCCACCAGUUCUUCCCUCCAGCCAAGAGCCGUCAUCGGAUGUAAUCUUGCCAACUACACCUGUCGCCGCUCCUAGCAAUCCCAAGGAACCUAACGAAUCCAAUGAACCCAACCCCAGCGAACCCAAUGGACCCAACUCCAGCGGUCCCGAUACGCCCGGCCCAGUCGAUUCUUCUAGUUCAACUCGCCGGACCAUGUUCUCGAACCAGACAACAUCAGAUGAAUCAACUUCUACCAUGACCAAGACUAUGACGAUCCACUCAACUAUCAUGGUCACUAUCCCCGGACAAGGCACCAACAGCCCGACUGUCAGCCCUCUCCCUGUGGUAGGCGGCGGCAGCUCAGUCAACCCUGACCGUAUCGGCAACUAUUCAUAUAUUGGCUGCUUUGGCUCUCGAACUGGUUUCUUAACCUUUGAAGAAACCUCCCAGAGCGCUGAUAUGACUAUUCAGAGUUGUAUUGACGCCUGUGGUGGCUCAACAUAUAUCGGCGUCUACGAAGAAACUUGCUACUGUGCUGAAAGGCUCGACGCCAACACCCGUGCUGUCGCCGACGAGAGCGAUUGUGAUGUGCCAUGUCCUGGAAACGACAAGCAACUCUGUGGUGGUCUCGCUGCUAAACCCACUAGCAACCCCCGUCGUUGGAUGCUCGCCCGUCGGGAUGCUCCUAGUAGUGUUCUCCUCACCGUCUACGCCUCUCUCGCCGACACGGAGUCGCCUGAGCCACCGCCCGGCAUGGGAGCGUCUCGCCCAUCUGCGCCCAGUGGCCAAGUUGAUCCGAACGAUUCUGAUAACCAGCCUACUGCGGUUGUCACUGAUGACGUGACGGAGAUCGUGGUGGUUACGAAUACCCUCGCUGACUCUACCAUCACUCGUGUCAUCACUCAACUCGGUCCCUCUGAAGUGACGACAGUCACUCAAGCUGUCGAAAACUUGGCUCAACCCAACGUCAAUACCAGAGUUCAAGUCAUUGUCGAGCCUGAUGAUUCCGGAGCAACGACCCUGACCCGGACGAUCGCCGUGUCUCCCGUCAUGGCCGACCUAGACCGCCCCGGUGUCAGAACCACAGUCACGUACUUUACAGUCUUCCCCUCGGAUCCUGCCGCGCUUGUCCCGCAAGAGAGUGUCGUGACCUUGCUGUAUGAGGACUGCGAUUGCGAGACACCCAAGUUGAUGGCGCCGCCCAUGGAGACCAAGGUUGUUGAGUGCGAUGGUUGCGGUGUCAAUGGUGAGAGCGCUGUUACCUUGACUGUUCCUAUCACGGUUUCUGUUACUGUACCGGCGAGGGGAAGCGGUACCGGUCAGGUCCAGCCAAACGGUGGCGAGUCUCAACAAGAUCAGCCUGGAAAUGGACAGGAGAGCCAGGGAGAAUCUGGUCAAGGAGAAUUUCCCCAGAUCCAAUCCAAUCAAGGACAGUCUGGUCAAGGACAGUCUGAUCAACAGCAACCCCAGCCGACCCAGCCUAAUCAGGCUCAAGCACCUGAGAUCACCACCGUCCUGACCUCAUACCAGACCAUCCAGGUGGUAACAGAAGAAACCCUGGACAACAAUCUUGUGGUGACGAGGACGAAAAAGCAGACCAUAGUUGUUGUUGUUCGGCCCUCGGAUAGUGCCGACUCACAGAUCGACUCUCCCGGAAACGCCAAUGCCAUCCCGGAUGUUGUUCCUGCGCAGCCCACAACACCCGAUCAACGUAUUGUCCCCACGGGACCUGCUAACGCGACUGUUGCAACACCUAGUGCUGCAAGAACGCCGGGAGCGCCGGAUCAGCCCGUAGCUGUUGGUGAGGCGUGGAGCGCGACCAAGGGCCUCAAGAUGAGCAUCGUGCUGUCUGUUGUUGUGGCCCUGACAUUCGCACUGUUGUUGUGAUGGAGGAGCUGUUAUGAUUGUUUGUCAAACCAUUCCAUUUCUUUUGUUUGGUUUUCUUUGAUGUCUCAACGCGACAUGUAAUGGAUGAAAUGUUGAGAGGCGGGCAUUGAUAAGGCGGGUAUACCCUUUGCAAACAUUUUCUUUCCUUUGUCUGGGUUACGUUACGAAGUAUUGGAACACUACAUAUAAAUCUUAAUGCAAAGACGAGUUAUUGACG